GCAGACGUCGCAGUCUGACAAAACCAUGUCAGCUGAAGAGUUUCCAAAAGGAUUAGCUGUAAAGUUGGGUGAGAUGGACAAAAGCCUCAAGAGUCUGGAAACAACUCUAGACCCAAUUCUUUCAAUACCUUUAGAAGAAUCAUACCAAUCAAUGUCGCCGCUUGACCGGGCCAGGUAUGACCUGGUGUCAGCCUACGCCGUCAACUCUCUGUUCUGGGUGUACCUGCGCACCAGGGGGGAGGACGCGAGGGAGCACGGGAUCAAGGGCGAACUGGACCGCCUGAAGACGUCCAUGCUGCGCGUCAAGGACGUCGUGGACAGGGCGAAGGCGAUGCGGGUCGACCAGCCGGCCGCCAAGAGGAUGGUCUCCAAGAGUCUGUGGCAGGCAAAGGACAGGACCCGCCCGACGCCCGGUGACGGAAAGCGGCAGACGGGGGACAAACCCGAACCUUCAGCGAAGAGAAAGAAAAACGCCAGCCAGGCCAAGAAGUGACAAGCCGUUUGUAUCCCGUUCACUGCGCAGUAAUACACAUCAUCACCACA